AUGUCUGCUAACCGGGCGCCACCUAAUUUCGAGCGGGUCAACUACUUUGCCAAUGACGCACACUCUCCUGGCUACGGAUGCUUACGGUUUCUGACCCAAGCUACCACUCUAGACGCUACGCGUAUACCCUUCUGUUGGGGAUUUACUAUCUACCGUGCAACUAAGGCUGUUGCUGGUCAAGACCCCGAAGCCGAUGCCCGCUUUGCUGAGGGUCUCCGCCGCUUUGAAGCCAUAGUCCGCUGGGACUUUCUCCAGACUAAAAAGGCCCUCGGCAUUGUUGUGGCAGGUCUUGACGUACCUAAUGGCACCGAGGAUUUCUCUCCUGUUGGCCGCGCAUUUAUCGCCUCAGUAGCUGCAUAUGGGAAACCUAAUGUGACAGGACCACAUAUAUAUGCAAAGUUUCAGCUUUUACAGAAUACUAAGCGCCUGAUCCUUGACGACAAGUCCCUUGAUACCCUCUUGACACUGCCUAAAGAACCUCCACUUACAGCACCUGAGGAUGAAUUAGAUGCAUUUAAUAUAGGUGGCGGUUGUCGUGUGUGGCUCUGGGUGCUCGACCGCGAAAUAAUGCAGCUGUACCUACCCUGGGCCUGGAUGUACGUGUCCUUUAUAGCAGAGAAGUGGUUCGAGCGCCCAAAUCUGCCAGAAUACGUCAAGUGGCGCGAUGAGUUAAUUGAAGAUACGACGGAGUGGAAGACAAUGCUGUACUGGUAUGCGGAUCUGGUGUCAUGGCAAAACGAGUUCCGCAGGAGUCGCUGCGAGAAUCGAUCCUGA